CAAAUAUUUACAUGGGCUGCACUGACAGUCCACGAGCAAAACAAAACCCAACUGUGAAAAUGUUUCAACCUUCCCGCCAGCAAGUUCUGCGUUUAUACAAACAUUUAAUUCGUUACGGAAACCAUUUAAAGCUGACGGACAAGAAUUAUUUUCUGGGCAGAGUGAGAUACGAGUUCCGAGACAGUCGGGGUCUGACAAACCCGACGGAGAUUGAGUUCAAUUAUAAGCGUGGAGAGACUUUGUUGAAGAAGGGUCGCAUUCUGUAGGAAUGCUUCGGAAUCUGGUGCGUCUUCUGGUGCUUCCACCACCCGGCCUUCGUUG